AUUGGAGAAUAACAAAGAGACCCAUAUUUGCAAACUACACUAUGCUUGCAUGACAUUAGACAGCUGGUUUAACAUGUUUAACAAGUUUAAUAUGCAAGGAUGGGAAGAUUGCACUACGGCCUGCUGUUACUUUCCCUUUACGUAGGCCUACAUUUUCCACACAUAGACGCAGCGCCGCCUAAUAUUGUCUUUAUUUUAGCCGACGAUCUAGGGUGGCAUGAUGUGGGCUUUCAUGGUUCCGAAAUCAAAACGCCACACUUGGACAAGUUGGCCAAAAGUGGGGUGCAACUGGACAACUAUUAUGUGCAGCCAAUUUGCACUCCGUCUCGGAACCAGCUGAUGACCGGGAAAUACCAGAUCCACACGGGCAUGCAGCACCAGAUCAUCUGGCCGUGCCAGCCGUACUGCGUGCCCCUGGAGGAGAAGCUGCUGCCUGAGAGGUUGCGGGAGGCCGGCUAUGCCACACACAUGGUGGGCAAGUGGCACCUGGGCAUGUACCGCAAGGAGUGCCUACCCACACGCCGCGGCUUCGACUCCUACUUUGGUUACCUGAUGGGCUCUGAAGAUUACUACAGCCACCAUCGCUGUGUCUACAUUGCUGCCCUGAACGUGACCCGCUGUGCCCUGGACCUGCGGGACGGAGAGGAGGUGGCCAGCGCUUAUAAGGGGGCAUACUCCACCCAGCUCUUCUCACAGAGAGCUACCGACCUCAUAGGCAAACACGACCACAAAAAGCCCCUGUUCCUGUACCUGGCCUUCCAAGCAGUGCACGCUCCUCUACAGGUUCCGGAGCACUAUACUGCCCCCUACAGCUUCAUCAAAGACAAGCCCCGCAGGAUCUAUGCCGGGAUGGUGAGUGCUAUGGACGAGGCCGUGGGCAAUGUGACUGAUGCACUGAAGGCUCAUAACCUGUGGAACAACACUGUGCUCAUCUUCUCCGCAGAUAACGGAGGGCAGACUCUGUUGGGGGGCAGCAACUGGCCGCUGCGGGGUCGUAAGGCGUCCCUGUGGGAGGGGGGCGUGCGCGGCGUGGGCCUGGUCAACAGCCCGCUGCUGGAGAAACCCGGAUCCCUCAGUCGAGAGCUUAUCCACAUCUCUGAUUGGUUGCCCACGCUGCUCCAUCUGGCCAAUGGCUCCGCCCAGAUGUCUAAAGGCCUGGACGGGUUCGACGUGUGGAAAACACUUAGCAAAGGGACGACUUCACCUCGACUGGAGAUACUACAUAAUAUUGAUCCACUCUAUGUCGAAAAUGCGCCUUGUACUUAUGAUUCCGCCUUGAGCCUGCCUCCAGACCUCUGCCAUAUGCCUGGGCCUGGGUUUGGGUUUGGGUUUGCCCCCUCCAGAUUCAACCAGUCUGAUGGCUUUGAUAUCCACGUCCACGCCGCCAUCCGCUACAAGCAGUGGAAACUACUCACUGGCUACCCAGGUUGUCCUCUGUGGUUCCCCAAGCCAGGCUCCAUGUCUGGUGCCCCCCAGGCCCCUCCUCCCCCCCAGCCCGAAGAGGCUGCCGUGCGGCUGUACAACAUAGAGCACGACCCAGAGGAGCGGGACGACGUGUCCGCUCUCUACCCCAGGAUGGUGGACUUCCUGCUCAGCCGGCUGCAGCACUACCAGAAGGACUCCAAGCCCAUCGUCUUCCCAGACGACGACCCCAAAUGUGACCCAGGACCCACAGGGGCCUGGGGACCAUGGGCAUGAAGGGGGUUGAUGAGUGGAUGGAUGGAUGGAUGGAUGAAUAGAUUGAUGGUGGAUGAAUUAAUAGAGUGAUAACUAAAUGAAUGAGGAUGAGUGUGCAUCGAUGAAUGAGUUGAGUGUAUAUUAGUUGAAUGAGUGUAGAAUGAAUGGAUGACAUGGGCAAAGAAAGUGGAUCUAAGAAGAAGCGUCAUUUUGUUUCUUUUCCGGUAUCCACUUUAUGUCAGGUGAACGCCCCCUUAGGAGACCUUCGGUUAGGAGACCUUCGGAGUCCUGAGGUUGAGAAUAAAUCAAGCCACCUUAGCGCUGUAGAUGGCGGUAGCGCAUGUCUUGAGCAAACACCUCAAAAAUAGAAGAAGAAGGAGGGGACAACGCCCCCUUAGGAGACCCAACUUGAGCCCACGCUUUUGCAUUGAGUGGGCGUGGUUUGCGUUAUCUUUCUCUUAUCCAGUAUUUUUGACAUGGGUGUGGAUGGGAAUGGAUGGAAAUGGAUGGAUGAAAGAUAAAUAGAUUGGUGACUGGAUUUAUGGAUGAGUGGAUGAAUUGAGUGGAUUGAUGAACGAUGUAAGAAUGUGAAUGAAAGUGUAACCCCUAUGAAUCAUGGAUGGGGAUGACAGAUGGAUAUUGGAUGCCUCCGGAAUGCUCAGGAACAAGUCAAACACCUGUAUGUUUUGAAGGAGGGAUAUAGGCAAAAGACUGCUUUAUAGGUGUAUUCCUUUUCUUUUUAUGUAUAAAACAUUUGAUGGGACGCACAAUCUGAGAGGACACUCGUACUGUACGGUUUUGUAAUUUUUUAUAAAGAAUUGCAUUCCAUUGAUUUGUCACAAAUAAGCGGAACGAUUUUUUUUUUAAACACAAUUUAUGACCUCAAUCCAGAUAGGAUAUUGUAAGGACACCACCACCCUCUUUUCAAAGAAAACAGAAUUAAAGUUGAUUUUCAAA